AUGGUAGUAUACCCUAGAAUAAUGUCUGUUACCUACACUGCCAAAUGGGAUGUUUCGCCUGAUUCUCGCCGAGUUCGUCAUGGUAGACAAAAUGUGUCCCCAUUACCUCCGGCAACCACUGGGCCAGUCCCGGAAACCCGUCGUGUUUUCCUCAAACGCAAACCCUCUACCUCGCUUGAUCAACCUGGCAGCAACUUUGUCGCCCGCACCAUGAAAGACGUUUUGAAGAACGGUGACACCUCGGAUCGUGAUUCAGUCGCCAAACGCCAGAGGUCAAGUAUUGUCGUCGUCCCUAGUGCUACUUCUCCCAAGCCAUCAAUUGAUAGAAGAACAGUUUGCCCCAUUCUCGUGCGAGUCUUUUAUUCUACCGAUGGUCGACACACACCGCUGUCUUCUUUCUCUAGUGGUAAAUUCCCACCAUCUGAGCUGCAUAUCAACACUUGGUUGGACGUUAACUUGAAGGAUCUAUCCCAUGAAGUGCUGUACGCCGUAAAAACGCUGCCAGGGGGACCCAUUACAAACAGAAGACAACCCCUACGACUGGGCCGAACUACCCGCUUCCACUUCGCAUCUAUCUACCCAGAUCCUAUUCAGCGCGGCUCGUAUCGCAAAAGAGAUUUGGGCUCUUACAUCAUUCACCCUAGGGUAAUCAACGAUGAAGAAGAGAAGGACGUAACUGGUGAUGGCGACGUUACUCUUGAGUCUAAACACUUCCAAAUCGGUGACUACUUGGACGUCGCGAUUUCUACCUUUGACGAAAUGCGUGGCUCACUAGGUGAGGAAGGUAAUCGCACAAAUUACAACAGACGAACACACGACAGGAGCGAGGCCAUACGUUUUUAA